AAAAAAAAAAAUUCUUAUUCUCUCUCUUCAAGAAAUUGCACAAAAUAAUAACUUUUUAAGACUACCAAAGAGUGGACAAAGGAUAUCAGUAAUCAUAAAGUGAUCUAUCUCUCCAAGACAACUUUUGACCAGGGAAGGGAUAAGAGUUCUCUAGAGAUUGGAGGCUCUUAAGACGGGGAAAACAUGCUAAUCAUCUGCUCUGAUGAUGUUCUUCACCAAGACAUCUUACUUAAGAUGGUACACAGUUAGGCCUCAGGAUUCAGGUUAGGGUUUACUAUGGCAGCUGAAUCAACUUUUGAAAUAUAAAUGCAUUUUUCAGUUUUGGGAUAAGAUUGUUCAAACAUCCUAACAAAUCAACAAACCCUACGGCAAAUAAAUAUAUAAAUAAAACGAAAAUGAAAAUGAAACGGAUGGAGAUGCAAGCACGGAGAUCAAUUUGAGUAAAGAAUAAAGGAUAAAGAAAUAGAAGAAAGAGAAAGGGAAAAUUACGAGUAGGUGCCGAUGAGAGGAGCGAGAAGGAGAGUGGCGCUGAUCCAGUUCUCGGUGACCUUGUGGUGGAUUUUGGUGGUUAGAUCCUUCCAUAAACCAGGCAUGAUCUGCUGCUGAAACGGUGAUAGCGAGUACACUACCGCCUUCAUCCUCACCGGCGUCUUCCCCAUUUUCUUCUUCUUCUCUUCCACGUCCCUCGCCCUUUCCCAACUGAUUUCGAUUUUUCGCCUCUCAAUAUUGACCUUAAUAUCUUUUAGAUAUGUACUUGCCCCAUUUUACAAUCGGGUCUGAAUAGGACUUUUUGGGGCGUCUUUUAGGGCUCGGGUUUGAACUUUGGUUUCUUUGGAUCCGGGUUGUGUUUUGAUGGCGUAUUUCCUUGGGGUGGGGGAUUUGAGGAAGAGCGUGAACAAAAUCUGAUAACCACUCUUGAUGGCUUGGAUUUUGGGUAUUUGGUUUUCGGAUUGGGGUUUGUGUUUUGCUCCUGAAUUGGUUAGAAAUUUGAAGAGAGAAUCUGGCCUUCGCGGAUAUGAUUCCAAGUACCUGGAAGCAUUUGAUAUUUAAGCAGAUUCCAAGCUUAAGCUCACAUACGUAAGUCAAAUAACUGCUUGAAUUAUGGAAAAUGGAUUGGAAUCUUAUGAUAAGAAAAUGUGUGAAACAAGGCUUUUUCACUGAAGCUCUGCAAAUAUACUCGUCUAUGGUCAGGUCUGGGGUUCAUGGCAGUGAAUUCACCUUCCCUUUCGUCCUCAAGGCUUGUGCCAAACUGCCAUCUCUUGAAGACGCUACAAAGCUCCAUUCCCAUAUACUCCUAACCGGCUUUCAAGCCCAUGUCUUCGUCCAGACGGCUCUCGUUGACGUCUAUUCAAAGUGCUGCUGCUUCCACUCUGCUCGUCUCGUAUUCGAUCAAAUGCCCAUUAAAAGUCUCGUCUCCUGGAAUUCAAUCAUUUCCGCACACUGCAGGGAUUUUCACAUCGACCAAUCUUUUGGCAUCUUAAAACAAAUGCAGCUUCUGGGUCUGGAAUUAAGCUCCGCCACGUUUACAGGCUUCCUGGCUUCUUGCUCUCUUCCGCAGGGCUUGUCAAUUCACGGUUACAUUACUAAACUCGGACUUGAUCUGCAUUUACCUCUAGCCAACUCCAUCAUGAGUAUGUAUAUACGUCUCAAUCAAAUUGAUGGUGCUCUCUCCGUUUUUUAUACAUUGCAUCAGAAAUCCAUCGUUUCUUGGACAAUUAUUCUAGGCGGGUAUCUAAGUGCAGGGGAUGUUGCCAAAGUGUUUGCUGUGUUUAAUCAAAUGCGAUGCCAAUGUGUUGGCCCGGACUCUAUUGUAUUUGUUAACCUCAUCUCCUGUUGCAAGCUAUCAGGCAAUUUGUUGCUGGCCAUGUUAGUUCAUUCUCUCCUACUCAAAAGUGGAUUUGAUCACAAAGAUCCCAUUGACAACCUGCUUGUUGCCAUGUAUGCCAAAUGUAAGGACCUUGUGUCUGCUAGAAGGGUUUUUGAUGCUGUACACGAAAAAAGUGUCUUCUUGUGGACAUCGAUGAUUAGUGGAUAUGCCCAGUUUGGUUAUCCCAAUGAAGCGUUACAUCUGUUUAACAUGUUGUUGAGGACUGCUUCAAGACCCAAUGAACUGACACUGGCCACUGUACUUUCAGCCUGUGCCGAAAUGGGAUCACUGCGCAUGGGAGAAGAGAUCGAGCAGUACAUUUUGCUGAAUGGUUUGGGGUCAGAUCUUAGGGUUCAGACUUCAUUAAUACACAUGUUCUGUAAAUGUGGAAGCAUAAAGAAGGCACAAGCAUUGUUUGAAAGGAUACCCAAUAAAGACUUGGCUGUUUGGAGUGCCAUGAUAAAUGGUUAUGCAGUGCAUGGGAUGGGAAAAGAGGCUCUGAAUCUCUUCCAUAAGAUGCAAAAUGAAGUAGGAAUUAAGCCAGAUGCCAUUGUUUACACCAGCGUAUUAUUGGCUUGCAGUCAUUCAGGAUUGAUAGAAGAUGGAUUGAAGUAUUUUAGAAGCAUGCAGAAGGAUUUUGGAAUAGAACCCAGUAUACAACAUUAUUCUUGUUUGGUGGAUCUUCUUGGUCGAGCUGGUUAUGUGGAAUUAGCCUUGAGAACUAUCCAAGAAAUGCCUGUCCUAGUACAAGCUCGAGUUUGGGCUCCAUUUCUUAGUGCUUGCUACACGCAUCAUAACCUUGAGCUUGGAGAGUUUGCUGCUAAGAACUUGUUCGAUUUGGAGCCCAGAAGCACUGGCAAUUUUGUAUUGAUGACUAAUCUGUAUACAUCUAUGGGGAAGUGGAAGGAGGCAGCAAAGGCAAGAAGUAUAAUAAAUGCUAGGGGAUUGGUUAAGGAGCCUGGUUGGAGCCAGAUUGAGAUUGAUGGUGCUGUCCAUGUUCUUGCUGCAGAAGGCCAAUCCCACCUAGAGUCGAUUGAUAUCCAUGAGGUUGAAGCUUCCUGACACUGGGAAUGUUGCAGAGACAAAGAUGGUGAUCCACAACUUGGAAAAGGAUGCAUUGAAGCUUGAGGGUGAGUGAGCAGCUAUUGCAUUUGGCCUCAUUGCUAGAAGGAUCCUGUCAUUGUGUGAAGAGCAUCCUAAUACUCUUUAUUUUGGGUGAGGCAGGGCCAAGUAAGUGGAUAACUGCUCAUAUACCAUGUAUUGCAGGCAAGAGUUAUGUCCGGAGAUGAGGAUACUGUUCUAUCCAAACCUCCCAAAAAUCAUUGGCUCCGAUUUUCUUGAGGUUUGCAUAAGAUCUAUUCAAGGAGCUGAAGGAAGUGCAUGUGCAUGCAUCUGUUUUGUCAUACCCGUUUCUGCUGGGAUUCCAUGCUUGAUGGUAUCAGGUACAUACAAGCACCAUUGGCCUACCCAAGAGAAUCUUAAAGAAGAAUGAAUGGAGGUGAAGAUUGGCUGCCAUUUUGCAUCUAUUCUGAUGGGGACCAGAACUUCUUGUUUCAGAGGACGAAUCUUGAUCAACCAUUACCAUUAGGAUGGGUGGAUUUGGUCGCGCAGAAAUAGUACUUCAAGAUCGCCUGUUAUUUUGGUUCUUAAAAAGAAACAGGAAGUCCGUGGAUUUAUCAACAUUAAGUUGGUAAAAAGAACCAAAUUCUUGCUGGCUGAUAAACUCACGCCCUCUUUCUGGUCUGAAUACUAUCCCAGAACGCCUCACAACACUCAACUCGUCCCUUGGGUUGCUAGAUUUUAAUAAGGAAGAUGACACAAUAAUGAAUAAUCUCCCCAAAAUUCUUCUGAAUGCUCCCUUGAGGCAACUGCAUGUUAAUUUAUGUAAUGGAUAAGGCAACAUGUAGUCAUUUUCUACUUGCCCAUGUUGUUCUCGUAUUUCUUUGCAACUUGUAAUAAAGCAGUUUAUGAGGGUAGAAUGAGGCUGAGAAGAUUCAUUACUAAA